AUGUCUAUACCCCUCAAAGUCAAGGUCGCCAUCCGGGACCUCUGGGACAAGCCAGACUCCCCCGUCCAAGAGGCCAUCACUCGCCUCAAGAAUAUCCUCGGCCUGGAUUUCAUUUGCGAGCCUGCUUGGCCUCUGCUCGUCACAGAAUUAAGCCCCCACUAUGACGACAACAGCGAGCUGGCCAAGUCGGUCAUCAACUUUGUCAAGGUCUGGGUCGAGGCCAUGACAGAGCUGCUCGAUGACGAGGAGAACUCGGAAUGGGCAGAUUCCAUCGUCGACCUUGUGAAGGACAACGGCGCAGCAUUGAAGCUUCAUCUCGAGAUCAAGGCUAGAGAUGCCUCCACAGCAUGGUCCGACUCUCAAAGGUCCUUCCUGCUCCAUCUCCCCUCGUCAAACGUCACCCGGCCAGACCAGUACACUCCCACCUUCCAGACCCAGCUCCUCAGCUGCUUCAAGAAGGACAAGCCACUGGCUCUGCGCCCAUCCGCCGGGGGAGAACUCGACUCCGAGGACGAGGAGGACUACGAAGCCGUUUCCGUCCCCAAACGUCCUGCCGUCACUGCCGCCGCACCCUCCUCCGCUCCCAAGCCAAAGCCGGUGAGCGAGACCCUCCCGGAUCCCAGGAGCCUCCCCAAGCCCAGCACCUUGCUUCAGGCUCCUCCUUAUCACCUGUUCGUCCACGCGUUCGGGAACAACACUCUGGAAGUUCAGUGCAGUAAUGGCCUGACCCUGGACUUCUUGGCCGAGUACUUUAAGAAGUGGGCGCAGCCUUCGUCUGGUCAGGUAUGGACUUUUCCCAUUUUACCCAAAAUUAGUAUCAUUGAGGGUCGUAUCACUGACAAGGCGUACCUCGAGCAGGCUGUUCCCGUGAAGGUGGAAAACAACCACCAAUCAUCCAGUUUUGGAAUGUCGUAUGAUACAAUCACCCUGUCUGCUGAGCCACUCUAUGGCAGAAACACAACCUUGUCUCCACCAGUUAUUUUGGCUCUUAUCGAGGGGCUAUUGGGAUACGAGUUGGUCUACCGCGAUGCGUCCCAUUGGCAGUAUCGUAGGGAGACGCCUAUCAGGAGAUAG